UGUAAUGAAUGGUUAGGAAAGUUAUCAAACAUCAUAAAAGAAUAUUCUCCCGAUGAUGUAUUUAAUGUGGAUGAGACAGCAUUGUUUUUUAAAUGACUACCCGACCGCACUUUUAUUUUGAUAUUCCCCUAUAAAGAAACUUGUUCAGGUGGCAAACAAAGCAAGGAACGGAUAACAAUUCUUUUAGGAUCAAAUAUGUCAGGUUCCGAAAAAAUUAAACCACUUAUAAUCGGGAAAUCAACUAAACCACGAUGUUUUAAAGAAGUUAAGAGUUUACCAUUAGAUUAUGAGUCAAACAAAAAGGCAUGGAUGACUGGUGAUUUAUUUAAAAAUUGGCUUAUAAAAUUUUAUCAAAAAAAGCGACUAAAACAAAGAAAUGUUUUAUUAUUUAUUGAUAACUGUACAGCUCAUUGUAAUAUCAAUUUAAAAUCUGUAAAAGUCGAAUUUUUACCUCCAAAUACUACAUCUAAACUACAACCGAUGGAUCGGGGAAUAAUACAAAAUUUCAAAACAUUAUACCGCAAAGAAAUUAUUCGAAAAAUUGUUUACGAUAUUGAUGAAGGCAGACCAUGUUCAAUAAAUCUAUUACAAUCCAUGCGUAUGUGUGAAAAAGCAUGGCGUAAUGUACAACCAAGUACAAUUGUCAAUUGUUUCAAAAAAGCUGGAUUCUAUUUUAUGAUGAGCAGUGUGAUGGUGAUGGUUUAGAAAACAAUGACGAUGAUGAUGGUGGAUAUGAUACAUAUGUACAUACUUAUAAUUUCAUUGUAUUAAUUUUUUUAAUUUUAUUUAGUUUUUGUAUAGCAUUUAUGUAUAAACAUAAAUGUAUUAUAUUUGUCAUGACGUUUUUAUCGUAUAAUUUUAAAAUUAUAUUUCAUUACAUAGGUAACUCGAAGUUUUGAUUUUAUUUUGAUAAAUUCGAGUUAGGUAUCUCGAAUAAUACAUAUCUCGAAGUGAAUUUUUAUCCCCCUUCAACUUCGAGUUAUCGCGACUCGACUGUAUAAACAAAUUUUUAUUUUGACUGACCAAUACCGCCCGCGUGUAAUGCGCCUUACUUAUACAUAUUUAUAUAUUCCUACCGCCGCUGACGCCGUAUAUACCUUAGGUAUAACGUUCUCUCCGCCCACAAAACAAGGCUGUAGCGAGGUGUAAUAUAUAGAAGUAAUAAACACUUUUACGAUUUAAUAACAACUAUACUAUAUUACAACGAACUAACAAAUAACAGCGAGAGACGAAGCGCGUUUAAGACAGAAUGCGUAAGUGAUUGACUGAUCGAUUGAUUGACUGGAGCGACGAUCUUGCCCUUAAAUAGUCAGAGGAAUCUUCUAGAGGCGGCGACGGAACUCUCUAGAACAUUCGACCGCCACACGCUUAUGUAGAGCGACGAAUCUUCUAGAGGCGGCGGCGGCCGAACAUUCUAGAACAUUCGACCGCCACAAGGCUAUACCUAGUGCAUGAUACGUUUACGUACUUAUGUCACCUUACUAUAUAUAUAUGUAUGUAUGUGUAUAUAUAUAUAUAUUCCUACAGCCGCCGGAUAUGCCUUGCGUACAAG